CGAAUUUAUACACUGCAGUAUCAAAAGUUUAGGUUGGAAUUGACAUGGUGGUAUUUUGGUUUUUAUUGGGUCUGUUGUUUCUGGGUUGUUCAGAUGGAGUGUAUGUACACACUGUGCAAACUAUCCACGAUUUCGGCCAGUGUAAGGAUAAGGACACUGUGCAGACUAUCCACAAUCUCGGCCAGGCAGGCAAAGAUCAAGCUUUAGCAUUUACUGCAUUGUUGUCGAAGGUAACAACACUUGGCAGUAAAGGGGUUGUAAAGUAUGACACAGUGUUGACCAAUGUUGGUGGAGCCUAUGUACCGUCCACAGGGGUAUUAACCGCGCCCCAUAAGGGUAUCUACACCAUUUCCUGUAGCCUCAUGAGCAACCCAGUCAAUGCUGUCCACCUUAACAUCAUGAAGAAUGGCAAUGCCCUAUCUACGCUAUACUCUGCAUCUGGAACAUAUCCUCUCGCUGCACAAACCCUUCAACUUCUUCUUGAAAAAGGAGACAAAAUAUGGAUUCAAAACCAAAACACGCAAACAGCUAAACUGCAUGACCAUAACGCGUAUAAUGUCUUUUCUGGUGCUCUGAUUACAAGAAUGUGAAUAAAUUUUGAUGUAA